AUGAAAUUAUCUCAGUGUGAAAUUUGGGCUGGUGAUGGCACAUUCCGAUCCGUACCUGCUUUAUUUAAACAAUUGUAUUCAUUGCACGCUGUCAUUGAUGAACACACACUACCGCUCGUUUAUAUUUUGUCAUCACGAAAAUGUAAAACUGUAUAUCAACAAAUUCUAGAAAAAAUUAAAGAAUUGCUGCCUGAUAAUAUCAAGUUAUGUCGAAUGUUGACUGAUUAUGAAUUAUCAUUUGUUAAUGCAUUUAAGAAUGUAUUUAUUGAUGUCCAUAUAAGCGGAUGUUUUUUCCAUUAUACUCAGUGUGUAUGGCGAAAUGUUCAGGCCAAGGGCUUACAUGAAUUGUAUGAUAAAAACAUUCGUAUUGCUGAAAACAUAAGAAUGCUGAUGGCAAUUGCAUUUGUGCCGACUAAUGAUGUGAUCGCUGCUUACAAUGAACUCAUAAAAUCUAAAGGUUAUAUUCAAUAUGAAAACGAAUUAAGUGAGAUAUUAGAUUAUUUCGAAUCAACAUGGAUCGGAAUAUUAAAACGAAAUAAAGUUGAUCGAAAUGAGCCAUUAUUUGAAAUUAAAUUGUGGAAUUGUUAUAGUAGCGUAUUAAAUGAUGAAACUCGAUCUAACAACGGUAUUGAAGGUUGGCAUCGUUCUUUUAAUGCUCUAGUUCAAGUUCAUCAUGCUAAUAUUAUUAAAUUUGUUAGUGCACUGAAAUCUAAGCAGACGAUUCUUGAAUUAAAGCUGGUACAACUAAAUACUGGUGUACCUCUGCCUAAACGACGCUGUCAGUACCACAAUCAUGAUGCUCGCCUAAAAACAAUUGUUACCGCAUACAAUCCCAAUAUGAAGUUGCAAUACCUAAAAAAUGUUGCGGGUGUAUUACGGCUUUAG